UCACAGAAUAUGCGCUUUACGUUAGGGCUAAUCACUUGACGGAAUAUUCGUUGCGAGUUGGCUUAGGGUUUAGGGCUUUGCAAUGCGAGUAACGGGGAAAAUGCGCCGGGCGCGCGAUCUUGCAGUGUGCAGCCGGAUCUUCUCGACAAUUCCUUCUGUGGACGCGAUUCCCAGCGAAAUUCCAGUUGUGAUUGUGGGAGGAGGCCCUGUCGGAAUAACGCUCUCAAUCCUGCUAAGCAAACUAGGCGUGCAGUCUUUGCUCGUCGAGAAGAGAUGCAAGCUCCCGGAUCAUCCCCAGGCGCAUUUCAUAAAUAACAGGACAAUGGAGAUUUUCAGGAGGCUUGACGGACUGGGAUCGAAAAUCGAGGCUCUUCAACCUCCACUGGACCACUGGCGACGUUUUACAUAUUGCACUGCUCUUGAUGGUCUAGUUCUCGGUGUUGUGGAUCACAUCCAUCCCAAAGACUUGACGAGCAAUCGAAGUCCCACAAAUGUAGCUCAUUUUUCGCAGCACCGUCUUCUUCCAAUCCUCGUGGAGAACGCAACCAAAUCGGGUGUUUCUUUGGAUCCCAUUUCCUUGCAACCAAACCAGAGCAGCAUUUUUAUGGGCUACCAGUGUGACUCCAUCCGAUCUUCUCUCGACAAAGUCGUGGCAACGCUACGUCCUACCGGAUCCACUGCCAGUGAGAAAAUCGUGACUUGCCAGUACUUGGUUGCCGCUGAUGGUGCUGGAAGUGGCGUAAGGAAAUCUAUGGGAGUUACACUCCAAGGACAGCACAACUUACAGCAGCUCAUAAGCGUGCACUUCAUCAGUGAGAAGCUCAGCAAGUACUUGGUGGACAACAGGCCCGGAAUGCUCUUCUUUGUGUUUAAUCCAAGCGCGAUAGCGGUGAUCGUCGCGCAUGAUCUACGCUUGGGGGAGUUUGUUGCUCAGAUGCCAUUUUAUCCUCCACAGCAAAACGCCGAUGAUUUUACAGAAAGCGAAUGUCAAAAGACCAUCCGCCAGCUUUUGAGCUUGGACAUAGACGUGGAAGUGAAGAGUGUCAAGCCGUGGGUCAUGCACGCGGAAGUAGCGGAGAAGUGUUUGUGCGGUGAAGGAGGACGAGUAAUUCUAGCAGGGGAUGCUGCUCAUCGCUUCCCUCCCGCCGGUGGCUUCGGCAUGAACACUGGAAUACAGGACGCACAUAAUCUAGCAUGGAAGCUAGCCGCGGUACUCAACUCCAUGGCACCACCCACGCUUCUCGAAACAUACGAGACGGAAAGAAGACCAAUUGCAGAGGCCAACACUGCGCUAAGUGUUGAGAACUUCAAAGCGGCCAUGUCCAUUCCAUCGGCUUUGGGACUCGAUCCAUCUUAUGCCAGAAUGGUGCACGAAACGAUCAAUAGCACUGUUGGAUCCAUCCUACCAAAGAGCUUGCAGUCCCAGGUUUUAGACGGCAUCUUCUCGGUUGGCCGGGCCCAAGUCGCGUCGGUCUUCCUCAACAGAUACAAUCCGGUCGCCCAGGCAAGGAUCUCUCACGUUAAAAAGAUACUGGAGCAGGGUAAAAGCUUGCAGCUCCAGUUCCCGGCCGAGGAUCUUCUCUUCAGAUAUACCAAUGGAGCGCUUGUACCGGAGGAUAACGUCGAGGAGAGCUCUCGGGAGAGGCAACGAGAGUACGUCCCUUUGAGCGUGCCAGGAGUGCGCUUGCCGCAUAUGAAGAUCAAAGUUUUGCACGGCGGUUCCCCUGGCAGCGAAGAUAUCUCGUCGACUUUAGACUUGAUCCAUCCCAGCCGGCUCGAGUUCCUGUUUUUGGUAGAGUGCUCGGCGAGUGGUCUUAACUGGGCCGAGGACGCGCUGCAGCUAUCAAAGUCGUCGCCAUUUCCUCUAAGAGUUGUGGUCCUUUCGGAUCAGACUGCUAGAGACGCUGAGGCCGAUUUCGUUGGGAGCUGGAAGGAGAGAAACGCCGGUGCCUAUACCGAAGUGGUAGCAGCCGACAAAUGCAACUGGUGGGAGCUGUGCGGAGUGUCUCAACCUGGGAUCGUCAUUCUCGUUAGACCAGACGAUCACAUCGCUUGGAGAUCCUCGAAGCAGCACGGUUCCAAGUCGUUUGAGGAACUGAGGCUGGCCUUUGACAGCGUUUUGGGAUGGAAUGAGAAACUCCAGCUUAAGAGCGCUGGAUGUAAAUGAGAAAAAAAAAACCCACCUUUUUUAGGGUUAGAAAUGAAGAAGCGGCAGCCAGGCGGCAAGGGAGCGAGCAAGGAGGCAGUGAAAUCCCGGUCGUCUUACAACCCAUGUGAAAUCAAGAAGAAGCGUGAGUUCUAUCAGAACGCCAAGAAGGUGCAGAAGUAUAAGAAGCUGAAGAAGGAGCUCGAUCCUCAAAAACCUGAAGAGCAAACACACGCAAGGGCACAGAAUGAAGAUGGUGCUGGCGGCAGCCGUAGCCAAAUUGGUGGAAGAAGGCACAGAAAACGGGGCUUCAGUUCCCUGGAGAGGCUGAGAGGCGAAUAUGAAAGGAAGAAAGAGGAGGUGGAAGUUGUCAAGGAAGAGAGAGCAAAGGAGAAUGUGGCGAGGCAGCAGGCUCGGGAGCACUCGGAGAAGCUGAGGAAGCAGACCAAGGCAAAGAUGUUUAAGAAAACUUCCAAGGGUCAGCCAGUGAUGAAAUUCAGGCUGGAGCAAAUACUCAACAAUGUGAAGUCUGGUAAAGCACAGUGAAAGAGAGAAGUUAUCCCGUCUCACCUGGGCUCCUCGGCUGAUGUUAGAAUCUCACAGCAAGUAGCUGCUUGAUAAGAAGUUACUUUUGAAAGAAUCUUAUUGUGUUCCUGACUCAUUCUUAAUAAAUUAUAUAAUAAGCC